GUCAAUCCAUGCAAGCGUUAAGCUAUAAAACAUAUCGCGCUGUAAAUACGAAGCUUUAUUUAACUCACAGCUUGGUGUUAGAUAUUGGAGGCUAAAGCAAAAAGGUUGACAUGGAUCAAGUGUACACCAUGCUGAUUUUACUACUGAUAAGUGCAACCGUACACUGUUUGCUCGGACAAGAUAAAUUCAAUGAAACAAGAACACAUCAACCAUAUGGGGAGCAAAUAAAAAUAUCCACGCAAGACGGAAAACUGGUGUCAACAGUGGAUGUGUUUUUCAACGAGGGUUACCAAAUUGAAAGACCGACAGACAGGAAUAAGUGCUUAAUAAGCAAGUUGACAGAAAAUGGAACAUGUUUCGACGAGGUAUCUACAUCAAGUCUCGACGCGAUUCCUGAUAAUAUAGCCGUCCUUUGUAAAGGAAGAGAAGUUGUUACUCUCGUGUCUGUCGAUUGCCAUAAAGACGACACUGUGCAGACGGAUGCAACUGAAAAUACCGGCGUGACCAAACGACAGAAACGUUCGGCUCCAUGGAGCUCCUGUAGUAGAUAUAAGAAGGUGUACCGAGAGAACUGCCGUCAAUGGUGUUGCAGGCAGUUCAUCUUUUGCUUCCAGUGGUGUCGCAGCUGUGAAACGGUAUCUGAUUGGGCUACAGAAACCAUCGAGGGAUAUCACUACACCUUCUGAAUGUGACUCUUUUUUCAAUAUACGUUCAUUUACUUGCUUGAUUGCAUAUAUGUAGUGGACUAUUUAGCUGCUUCUAUGCCUUCUUAGUAUACAGUUCUGAACAGGGGAAGAGAAAUCAGCAUAUGUGCGUUUCUGUGUAAUUGUAAAUUUUUUUAAACAAACCAAUAUAAUUUUAAUUGCAUGUAUAAGCUUUUAAAUUCAAUAAAGUACUCAGAAAUUAUAACUUGCUUUAUUCAAGAACGUGUUUCCUAUGAGAUGUUUGUUCCGAACAAAAACAUACAAUAAGAAUGAUCAAAAACUGUUAAAAUGAUUCCAUUUGUAUAUUUGUAUGUAUUAUACUCGUAAUGUAUUGAUAUAUAAUUUAAGUUUAAAGAAAUAAAUACAGCUUAGUGUACUGCACUGUUCAUAUGUAAAUUAUGUAAGCAUUCAUUUGUUCUCUUUACUACGACCGAUUAUAUUGAAACCAAUUAUUGAAAUAUCCAACUCUGUUUGCUUAAAAGUUGUAUUUACGUGUAAUUACUUAAUUUGACAUUGUCUUUGCUAGCAUGUUAGUCAUAUUGGCCUAAAUGAUUGCAUUGAAUAUUAAUGUCAACACAAACUAUGUUUUGAAAAUGUGUGUACAAUACUAGUUUGCGCGUUGUUAAAUAUGUCAUUUUAUUUGUUUCAGUACGUUUUGAUAGAUGCUAUGCACGAUUUUGAAUCAUACUGUGCAACUGUACUUAUGUAUUUACGUAUUUGUUGUGUUUGUUUGCUUUAAUCGGUCACACUAUAUCACAUUUCCGUUGCUUCGACGGUUCGUGCGAUAUAUUUCUAUUAGUCUAUAGUGUAAGCAUUGAGAUCAAACUCCAUUCGCAUUUCAUUGCUUGGUUUAAAUCAUUUUGUUUUGAUAUCAAUAAAUUAACCAGAUUCUGUUGA